AUGCGGACUGUGCUUUACAAGUUAACUAUACAAAAAUCUAACCAACCGACCCUCUACCGAGAUGUCUCAUCCUUGCCCGCAAACUUGUUCUCAAACUUAGCCCUUCGCCCCAGCUUCUUGCUAAGCUUGCUAGGCUUACCAGUAUACGAUUCAUGCGUGAGAUAA